ACGAACGCCAUCUUGACAGUAACCUCAAAAUGGCAGAAAGAUGUGUCAGAAACUGGGUCCAAAUUAAGAAUACGGAACUCUGCCACUUCAAACCAGUUUCGUCACUUCUUCAAUAAGUACAUGGGCAUGGAGUUGGUGAGCGGUGCUGUAGCCCAGAACCUAUAAAAUGGAUAUAACCGUGGCGGUUUUUAACGCGGCCAGAGAUGGUAAGCUGAAACUUAUCCAGAAGUUGCUGAGCAACAAAACUCCUGAGGAGCUGGAGGCUUUAGCGGAGGAGAAAACCCAGGGAAGCACCGUGCUGCUCAUAGCAUCCCGAUACGGACACUUAGAGGUGGUAGACUACCUGCUCGAACAUUGUAAAGCUAAUGUUGAAAUCGGAGGUUCGGUUAACUUUGACGGGGAGACUAUCGAGGGAGCUCCGCCGCUGUGGGCAGCUUCGGCAGCGGGUCACCUCCCUGUGGUGAAGACGCUCCUGAAACACGGAGCUUCGGUGAACAACGCCACGCUUACAAAUUCCACCCCGCUCAGAGCAGCUUGCUUCGACGGCCACCUAGAGAUAGUCCGCUAUCUAGUGGAGCACAGCGCCGACAUGGAGGUCGCGAACCGCCACGGCCAUACCUGCCUCAUGAUCUCCUGCUACAAGGGCCACAAAGAGAUAGCGAAGUUUCUGCUGGACCGCGGAGCUGACGUGAACCGUAAGAGCGUGAAGGGAAACACGGCUCUUCAUGACUGCGCUGAAUCUGGAAGUCUGGACAUAAUGAAGAUGCUGCUGAAGUGCAACGCCCGCAUGGAGAGGGAUGGAUAUGGGAUGACCCCCCUCCUGGCUGCCAGUGUCACCGGUCACACUAACAUUGUGGAGUAUCUGGCUCACCAGCCUCGCACUUCCAGAGAGGAGCGCAUCGAUGCUCUGGAGCUGUUGGGGGCGACGUUUGUGGACAAAAAGCGUGAUCUAUUAGGAGCCAUGAGAUACUGGAGGAGAGCAAUGGAGCUGAGGCAGACUGGUGAUAAAGAAGGCUCCCUCUCCAAGCCUCCGCCUGGUCCCCCCAUCCCUGCUUAUGGCUGUGCGCAGGAGGUGAGCACUGCAGAGGAGCUGGAGGCUUUAAUCACAGAUCCUGAUGAAAUGAGGAUGCAGGCCUUGCUGGUUCGUGAGCGCAUCCUUGGGCCAUCCCACCCAGAUACAUCUUAUUACAUUCGGUACAGAGGAGCUGUGUACGCCGACUCUGGCAACUUUGAGCGUUGCAUCAGUCUGUGGAAGUAUGCUUUAGACAUGCAGCAAAGCAACUUGGACCCCCUCAGCCCAAUGACCGCCUCCAGUUUCCUGUCCUUUGCAGAACUUUUCUCCUUUGUUCUUCAGGACAGGGCUAAAGGCACCCUGUCGACUCGCAUUACCUUUCAGGAUCUGAUGACUGUGCUUGGGAAAAGUGUGAGGGAAGUUGAAAGGGCUGUGGCACAGAGAGAGAACCCCCCAGAAGCCCCUCAAUUCAAUAAAGCGCUCUCCAUCAUCCUCCACCUCAUCUUUUUACUAGAAAAGCUGGACUGCAGCCCCGAGCAGGAGCACCAAAAGAAGCACACGGUCUACCGGCUGCUCAAGCUCAACCCCAGAGGUCGGAACGGAUUCACUCCGCUCCACAUGGCCGUGGACAAAGAAACCACAUCUGUGGGCCGCUACCCAGUGGGCCGUUUCCCCUCCUAUGCGGUGGCCGCAUUGCUCCUAGAGUGCGGCGCAGAUGUUGAUUCGCGGGACUGCGACAAUAACACCCCGCUGCACAUUGCCGCCAACAAUGGCUGUCCAGAGAUCAUGGCUCUGCUUGUGAAGGCGGGGGCCCACUUUGACGCGACGAACGCUCGGAGGAAAACCGCCUAUGAGCUGUUGGACGAGCACAGCAGCGGCCACCCUGCACUCUACCCGCUGAACUACAUCACCCUUCAGUGCCUGGCAGCUCGUGCGAUCGAAAAGCACAGGCUGCCCUACAGGGGACUGAUCUCUGAGGAGAUGGAGGCUUUCAUUGAGCUCCACUGACUUCCCCUUUAACAAAACCCUCUCUGCUGAUUAUCAUCUCCACCUCUGGUUCUAACAAGCGUGUCAGACCAAAGCAUAGCAAUAAACCUACAUCACCUGGAAGUAUUCUGCUUCAGAUCUGGAUUUGAUUUUAAUGUGAUUCAUAAAAGAAAAAAUAUGUUAAGCUGAUAACAUUUCUGGUAGGGCUGCAGACUUUGGUCACACAUGUAAUGACUUUAAACUUAAGACUUGACCUGGACUUAGAACUCAGUGCUAGUAACUUCUCACUGGACUUCGACUGGAGCAUUUUGGCCUCAAAAAAGUUAACUUUUUAAAGAAAACAUCUAGUUUUGUAAAAGUUUGUCCCUCAUCAUUCUAAUAUUAACCAAUGUUAGCUUUUAUUAGUUUCUGAUAUUAUAGUCAUUUUCCAGACUCUAAAACAUGUAAUUUUGUUGCACAAGAGAAUCUUAAAGAGCUGCUGUGAUCAAAAUGACACCCAGAAUUUUAUUAUUAGAGCUAGCAUAUGUCUAUGUUGGCUUGAGAACAAAAAAAUGCCAAACAUGAAGAAUAUAAAGAUAUUUUUUCUUAUUUUUUUAGUUUGAAAAAAUUUAAAGAUAUUCCGAAAAGUUCUGAAUUCAAAGUGACAUAAGAAUUCAGUCUAAACUUCAUUAUUAGAAAUUUGUAAUAUUCAGUUUUUAUAAUUUGGUCAAAACAUACAGUGUCACUUUAACAUUAGCCUUACAAAAAACAUGCUUUCUUUAUCCGGUGUUUCAAAAAGCAAUCGCUAGAAAACAGUUUUUAAGUCCAGGCAUAACAUUCCUUUUGUUGUUUGUAAAAACCGAGUAGCACCACUGGUUAUUGCAGACUUUUCUGGCAAAUAAAUACCCAAUUAGGUAUUACUAAUAUGGUUUGUAAACUAGCCUAAAAAAAAAAACAAAGCUUAGGACCUGGAACUUGACUCAAUCCUUUCAUAUCUGGACUCUGGGCGAAACUUUUGACUUUACUUGGGACUUAAACUUUUGACUAGUUAAAAUGAGGAGCAUCACGCUAUGUUCAGGCUUUUUGGAAAUACGAGCUUCAGCAAUUAAAAUAUUCGAUCAAAGUAUUAAGGUAAAAUGCAUGAAAAUGUAGUUUGGUUAAUAGUUCAAUUCUUGUUUUGUUCAUCUUUUUAUUAAAACAAAGUCAGUUCUCAUUCUAGAAAGUUUUUACUCUUAAGUCUGUUUAAUAUUGGGAAGAGGUUCAGAUUCCUGUGCCAAACACUGUUACUGACUUUGAUCUGAUUUAAAGCAAAAAAAUGUUUAGCAAUCACAUCUAAGGAAGAGUAAUAAAAGAAAAAGACUUAACGGUAUCGGAGGACUAGUAACUUUGGUGUCUUAAGACUGUGAUACUCCUUGUCAGCCUGUAGAACAAUUAUUUAUACGGAGAUAAUGUUUUUGAUUGAAACACGCUGCAACAAACUGUUGGUGUGUCUAACCAACGCAAUCUGUUUUAUUCCAAUUAGAAGUUUUUUUUUUUUUCUGGAAUAGCACAUACUUAUCCUAUAGAGUAAGAGACAAUUGACUUAGGCUUAUGCAUUCUCAGUAAAUUGCCAUCUUCUGAGUUUAUAAACUAUUAACUAAGAAUGCCUUCUUAGUUUUCCCAUCCUUUCAUAGCAAAUUGUUUAAUACUCAGAAGCCUGAAGUAUAUCUACAUCCAUUUUCUUUCUGUAAUUGCAUCGCGAGCUAAUGUGUUCGGCUGAAUGUCAAUAAGACCGCUUCAGACUGUUAUUAGGGAUUAAAACUGACAAUUUGUGUGUCUAGGAAAGAGUCCUAAUUUUUUUCCCUUUAAGCUCAAAAGAAGAUCAAAGACAUGAAACAGAUGGCUCCUUCAGCCAUUAUUGCAUCUUAGUCUUACAACCACAAGACUUAAAUUUUUUGAUCUUGUAUUUAUUCCAGAUGUACUGAAACUGAAUGCACACCCAGCGGCUCUAUAAAUCCUGGAGUCGUUACAGUCAGACUCUGAGCUGACGCUGCCUUUCUUACUGAACAUAUUGAUUUACCCGAUGGUUGCUUAAGAGCUGAAGUGUUUUGGAGAGGCCUGAAUAAAA